CCACUACUCCACUCUCUCUCCCUCUUUAAUUAUCUCUCAACAAGCGUACGUUAGCGACAUACAAUGACUUCACCUCUUGUCCUCUUCGUCUUCCUUUUCAUUUCCUCUUGUUCUGCUCAAUCCUACAAUGUCUUGUCUUUCGGAGCUAAGCCAGACGGUAAGACAGACGCAACCAAAGCGUUCAUGGCGGUUUGGGAAACCGCUUGUGCCUCUCCUCGUCCUGUUACCAUUGUGGUUCCUAAAGGCCGGUUCUUGUUAAGGAGCCUUAAUUUCGACGGGUCCAAGUGCAAGCCCAAACAGGUCACGUUCCGUAUCGACGGUACUUUGGUGGCUCCGGCUGAUUAUCGAGUUAUCGGAAAUGAAGACUAUUGGAUUUUCUUCAACCAUCUCGACGGAAUCACCGUCUACGGCGGAGUUCUUGACGCUCGAGGAGCUUCUCUAUGGGAUUGUAAAAAGUCCGGCAAGACUUGCCCCAGCGGAGCCACGACCAUAGGGUUUCAGAGCUCAAGCAACGUCGUGGUCUCCGGCCUGACGUCACUCAACAGCCAGAUGUUCCACGUUGUAAUCAACGGUUGCAACAACGUGAAGCUUCAAGGAGUCAAAGUAUCAGCCGCCGGAAACAGCCCCAAUACCGACGGUAUCCACGUUCAGUCUUCCUCCACCGUUUCAAUCUUCAACACAAAAAUCUCCACCGGCGACGAUUGUGUCUCCAUCGGUCCCGGCACUAACGGACUCUGGAUCGAAAAUGUCGCAUGUGGUCCCGGUCACGGCAUUAGCAUUGGGAGCUUGGGGAAGGAUAGCGUGGAAGCAGGUGUACAGAACGUGACAGUGAAAACGGUGACGUUUAAGGGAACAGAUAACGGAGUGAGGAUUAAAUCAUGGGCCAGGGCCAGUAGUGGAUUCGCUAGGAACAUCCGUUUCCAACACUGCGUUAUGAACAACGUAGAGAAUCCCAUAGUCAUUGACCAAAACUAUUGUCCUCGCAACGAAAAUUGCCCUCGCCAGGUUUCGGGGAUCAAAAUCAGCGAUGUGUUGUUCGUAGAUAUACACGGAACAUCAGCGACUGAGGUUGGGGUGAAACUUGAUUGUAGUCCUACGAAACCGUGUACCGGAAUUCGACUUCAGGAUGUGAAGUUAACGUACCGGAAUAAACCGGCUGCAUCGGCUUGUAUUCACGCCGGAGGAAUAGAAGCUGGAUUUCUUCAGCCAAACUGUUUAUGACACAAAUAUAUGUUUUUUUGGUUAUUCUCUUAAUACUACUACUUGAAAUUAAAAGUAACGAUAUAGUAAAUUAUAAUUUCGUAGUUUCCGGUCCGAUACAUAUAGGUCGGGAUGACGGAUGGAAAUUAAGAUGCAUGAGCUAUGGCGGUUUACAGCCGUUGGGCCUAGAGCCUAGCCUGGCCUUGCUUUGUAGAAUAUGGCCCAUUGAUGAUAUAAUAUGCCAUGCAUGUGUUGUGUAAGUUAUUGUAGAAUAUGGCCCAUUGAUGAUAUAAUAUGUCAUGCAUGUGGUGUGUAAGUUAAUGUUACUUUUUG